UUCUCCAACACUGCAUCCUACCUAUUCUCUCUAUCCGCCACCUCUAUUUAUUCCGCCCUCCCUCCAUCUUCCUCAGUGUUUUCUCUCUCUUCAAUUUUUCUCUCUAAACCUCCAUUGUUUUCUGGUUUUUCUUCUCUUAGAAGCUCAGAAUUUGCAUUCUCAGAUCCCUAGCAGAAGCUUCGGAUCCCAAAGCUUCCAAAUCCGAUCCGAACAGUGUGUUUUUAUCGUUCCAAUAAUCAUGUGGAGGUUCAAACCCUUCAUGCCCAAAGAACAAGCUGGGCUUGAAGGUCGUUCUAUUGAUGUUGGCAAUGUAAAGGUUUAUGUUCGGAAUGCCAUUGCUGAGGGAGGGUUCUCUUGUGUUUACUUAGCUCGAGAUGCAAUAAAUUCUUCAAAGCAGUAUGCUUUGAAGCACAUUAUAUGUAAUGAUGAAGAAUCGUUGGAUUUGGUGAAGAAGGAGAUCUCAGUAAUGAAAGUUCUUAGAGGGCAUCCUAAUGUUGUCACGCUUCAUGCCCAUACGAUCUUAGAUAUGGGGCGGACAAAAGAAGCACUCCUUGUGAUGGAAUUUUGUGAGAAGUCUUUGGUUAAUGUGCUGGAGAGCAGAGGAGCCGGAUAUUUUGAGGAGAAACAGGUUCUUUCAAUUUUUAGGGAUGUCUGCAAUGCGGUUUUUGCCAUGCACUGCCAAUCCCCACCCAUAGCUCACAGAGACUUAAAAGCUGAGAAUCUUCUAUUGGGCCCUGAUGGAUUAUGGAAGUUGUGUGAUUUUGGAAGCACCUCCACCAAUCAUAAGCGCUUUGAGAAGCCUGAAGAAAUGGGCAUUGAAGAAGACAAUAUCAGAAAGUAUACUACACCUGCAUAUAGAGCUCCUGAGAUGUGGGAUUUGCUCCGGAGGGAACUUAUAAAUGAGAAGGUAGACAUUUGGGCUCUUGGGUGCCUCCUCUUUCGCAUAUGCUACUUCAAAUCUGCAUUUGAUGGUGAGUCAAAGUUACAAAUCUUAAAUGGAAACUACCGCAUUCCAGAAUUGCCAAAAUACAGCUCGAAUGUGACAGACCUAAUCAGGGACAUGCUGCAAGCUUCUCCAGACAAUCGACCAGACAUCACGCAGGUGUGGUUUCGUGUUAAUGAGCAAUUGCCUGCUGCAUUACAGAAGUCAUUACCUGACAGGCCACCUGGGAUGAAUCAAUCUGCGGCUGAUGGGCAUGAAGUAGGCUUUUCAAAACCGUCAAACAAGGCUUCUCCAGUGCCUCGUAGAAGUCCACCACCCCCACCUUCAUCUAGAGAACCAACACGGAAUCCAUCUCCACCAUCACUUACCUCCAGGGCUGGGGGAGGUGGGGGCUCACUGGGUGCUUUCUGGUCCUCUCAACAUGCAAAAGACUCGGCUAUAGAGGACAACAGUGGGCCCAAAUUUGAUGAGGAAACAACUAGCCAUAGCACAUCAAGAGAUCGGUAUCGUCCAGAGAACCACUAUUAUUCCCAAAACUCUAGUCCACCAAAGGAGGCCAAUAUCCAAACUCGCGGCAGAAGAAAUGCACAAGCAAACACAUUUAAAUCUGAGGAAGUCCCUUCAAAGGACUUUGAAAUAAGAUUUUUCCAAGAGGAUUCUAACCGUGGCACAGAGAGACCAAAAGCAUCAAAAGGUGAGAGCACGGCUUCUUUUCAAAAUGAUGCAUUCAACACAUUUGUUGCUGAAUUUGAUACUAGUAAGCUCGGCUCCGGAAGUAAUGCUAACAAAUCAGCAAAAGAAGAAGAGUUAGAGGCUGAAACAGAGAGGUUGAAAGAGCAGCUAAAGCAAGCUAACUUGGAGAAGUCUGAAAUAACUUCGAAAUUUGAAAAGUUAUCAGCCAUUUGCCGAUCCCAGAGGCAAGAGAUACAGGAACUCAAGCAAGCUCUUGCUGCUAGAACUCCAUCACCCAAUAGAGAUGCUUCGAAAAACCAAACCUCAACUGGACUUCAGUCUGCUGCCACUCCUCCGCAUGGAGAAAAGAUCGAAGGCACAGUCUGGGAACUCCAGCAAAGAAAAUCUGAUUCCCCUGCUCCAGACUCUAAGCCUUGGCAGGCUUUCCCUGAUGAGCCCAAACAACAUCAGCCUCUUUCCAGGGACAACACUAGCAAAUCUGUUAGGACCAGAAAUGGUCAUCACAACAAACCAGCCACAGAAGCAACUUCUGGCACUGAAACUUGGGGUUUUGGAACAGAGAGUUUUACAGCCACCCCUGCUGCCAGCUCUAGUUUUUCCAGACCCACCGUAGGAGGCAAUAAUGCCCAGCUGUUUGGUGACUCAAAGAGGAUUGAGAGCAAGCCAGCUACUCAACCUGCUGGAUGGGCUGGUUUCUAACUUACAUAUUUGGUGAGAUUAUAUCAUCCUUGCCACCUCUGGUCAUAAGAGAUGAGAAUAGGUAAAAAGCAAAACAAAAAGUGAUAUAUGGCUUUCUGGGCUUGUUUAUGCUAUUGAGUAUUGAGUGUUUGCCUUAUGGAAUACAACAUUUACAUAUGUUCCCCGUUUCCAUGGACUUAUCAUUGGGUUACAAAUACACUUUUCCGGAUGCCUCAGAUUUUUGGGGUCGGAAAAAUAAUAAUUUAUUUUGAUCUUGUCUC